AGAGAAUGAGCCUCUCCUUUGGGCCUCAUCAUUUACAAAAGAAGCUUGGGCCCCUGACAGCAUGCAUCUCCUCUUAUUUCAGCUGCUGGUACUCCUGCCUCUAGGAAAGACCACACGGCACCAGGAUGGCCGCCAGAAUCAGAGUUCUCUUUCCCCCGUACUCCUGCCAAGGAAUCAAAGAGAGCUUCCCACAGGCAACCAUGAGGAAGCUGAGGAGAAGCCAGAUCUGUUUGUCGCAGUGCCACACCUUGUAGGCACCAGCCCUGCAGGGGAAGGCCAGAGGCAGAGAGAGAAGAUGCUGUCCAGAUUUGGCAGGUUCUGGAAGAAGCCUGAGAGAGAAAUGCAUCCAUCCAGGGACUCAGAUAGUGAGCCCUUUCCACCUGGGACCCAGUCCCUCAUCCAGCCGAUAGAUGGAAUGAAAAUGGAGAAAUCUCCUCUUCGGGAAGAAGCCAAGAAAUUCUGGCACCACUUCAUGUUCAGAAAAAGUCCGGCUUCUCAGGGGGUCAUCUUGCCCAUCAAAAGCCAUGAAGUACAUUGGGAGACCUGCAGGACAGUGCCCUUCAGCCAGACUAUAACCCACGAAGGCUGUGAAAAAGUAGUUGUUCAGAACAACCUUUGCUUUGGGAAAUGCGGGUCUGUUCAUUUUCCUGGAGCUGCGCAGCACUCCCAUACCUUCUGCUCUCACUGUUUGCCUGCCAAGUUCACCACGAUGCACUUGCCACUGAACUGCACUGAACUUUCCUCCGUGAUCAAGGUGGUGAUGCUGGUGGAGGAGUGCCAGUGCAAGGUGAAGACGGAGCAUGAAGAUGGACACAUCCUACAUGCUGGCUCCCAGGAUUCCUUUAUCCCAGGAGUUUCAGCUUGAAGAGCUAUCCCACUAUUACCUUUGAAAAGCAAAACCACAAUAGCAAAGAUGCUGAUUAUUCAGUCUGAAAAUGUUAAGUGGGUACAUAACAUUUUCAGGGAAAGGUGACUUGAAAAGUAGUUUUAAAUUAGAACGAUAGAGGAAAUGAUAUUAGUCUAGUUAUUGGUACACGUUUGAGACCUUGUCUCAGCUCUGCCACUAACUAGCCGUAGAAUGUUAAGUUGUAAAAUCUUUCUCCAUCUAAAGAUUUUCAUCUAUAAAUGACGGACCUGACCUAGAUGAUUGCUAAAAUCCUUUCCACUACUAAUAUUCCGUGAUACAUUUUCUCCAAGUUUGGGUAAAAGCCCUCCAUCUAAAGAAGGAAAAGAAAUAAGCGAGACCAUAAAAAUGGGCUUCUUUAAUGUGUGUCAAAUCACCAGCAAGCAAAGAAGCAAGAUAGAGAGGGAGGAAGGAAGGAAGGGAGGAAGGAAGGAAGGAAGGAAGGAAGGAAGGAAGGAAGGAAGGAAGGAAGGAAGGAAGGCAGGCAGGCAGGCAGGCAGGCAGGCACGCAGGCAGGCAGGGAGGCAGGCUAGGUGAAAUAUUUGUAGGAAAGAUUCUCAUACUUAUAGUUACUUUUGCAACCCAAACAGUGUUUUACUUGACUUCUAUCUGAUGAUUAAGUCUUUCCACAGAUGUAAGGAGUAACUUGCUUGGUUGCCUCCUUUUUAACAAUACUCCUCAUAUAAAGUACUUAAUGUCAGGUCUCUGACUUUGAAGAAGGAACAGUGAUGUUAAUUUUAGUAGUUUAUAUAGGGAAGAGGAACAAUCACUGGUAGCCAAACAAGUACCUAUAUUAUGAGGAAGGAAAAAUACAUGACCACUACCAGGUUUAGAGAUCAAUCCAGAGAUGCUAAUGAAAGUAACCCCCAAAAAUUCAAUCUUCGGGCAAAAUUAUUUACUCACAUGCAUGCAUUUUGAAUUAGGUAGUAAGGUUUCUAUGUUUGAAUGACUGUUUUUUGCUAUUUAAUAAAACUUUGUAUUAUAAAUUUUAUUCAGCAAGUACCAAAAUUACAGGUUCUGAAAAUAUUCUGGAUAUUUUAAUGCAUUAAAUUUUAGUAUAUGAAGCAUUCUGAAAAAUGUUCUUAUAUUUUUCCCUUACUUGUUUUGUCUCAUAAUUUAAAGGUACUAUCAGGAGAUAACCUAGCUGGAAGCAUUUCUGGAAUGUCUUCAUAGACUUAUGACACUGGACCAAGGGUUUCUUCUGAUCUGUAAGCAGCCUUCUGUUUAAGUCUCUCAAUCGCCUCUCUCCUGCCUGUAUUAAUUUUUACACAUAUAUGGUACAGAACUGCCUUUUCCCAGCCAGACUGCUUUUUCUAUUAAGUUAUUCAAGUUUUUGUUUCUAAAAAUUAUUUUAAUAAUUAGGUUUCUUUUACUUUUAGUGCACACAUAUACACACAUUUCCCAGAAUAACUGUUUUUUUAAAUAAAUCAAUUUAUACUUUAAUUCUAUUCCUCUUUAAUCACACCAUCUAACAUGACAUUCCAAAGAAGCAAAGGCAUUUAUAUUUAGUGUAUAUUUUGUAACACAUCAACAUGAAUGUGAGUUACACAGAUGCACACAUGGCAUUUACAUUGGAAUAUAUUAUCAUACCCUUUGGUGGUCAAAGGCAACCUAGUUGGCCAAGAUAUGCUCAUAAGGAUAAAAUUGUUAAGCAUUAAUGAUAUCUCAGCUGGUCAAUAUAUUUUGGUGCCAAAAGCUAUCAAACAGCUGUCAUGAUUGCAAUUGCCUAACCCUGAUUAUGAAAACCUAUCUCUGCCAAUUUGACUGUCCUUCUCCUCCUUACAUACUUGUAAAUCCCUUUCAUCCAUCCUUGCAAAUAGACUCUCAAGCCCAAACCCCAAACAAUGAUCUGUUUUAUUCAAAUUUUGGUCUGCCCUUCCCUUGCAUGUAAAUUCUAGAUGGGAUAGUUGAUAGUGGUAUCAAACCUUACAUUUAUAGAAUAAUUGCAUGAAAUUCAACAAAAUUGCUCAUAUUCAAUCAUUUUUACUUAUAAAAAAGGCAAUUUACAAAGGUUGAACAUAAUAUGUAAAAGCGUAAGAAACUAAGAGGAAAAACACAAAUAUUGAACAUUUAUUAAGUGCCAGAUACUGUGCUGUCUUUUACAAAAAGUUAACAAUCUAAUACUCACAAAAGCUAUAUAAAGUAGGUAAUCACUGUAUUUUAUGGGUAAGAAAAGCAAGCCUUUAAAAGUUUCAGCAAUUUUCCUAAGAGCAUUUGGAGAAUAUUUUCUAUUUUGGAUUACAAUAUUUGCUCAUUUGUUCUUUGUCAGUUUAUAUUGAACUCUUCCAGGUCUCUUGCCUAUAGGCUUCAAAGCAAAUUUCUUUUUCUCACUUAUCUAGCUCUCCUAUCUGAAGGAUUUUGAUGUUAUAUCUCAAAAGAGAAAUCAUCUCUAGGUCAGGUUAUCAGCCAAAUAUUUCCUUGACUCCGUUGGUCCUCAUGGCACGCCUCUCCAUAAAUCCUGGUCUCAUUUUCCUCUCAUAUAAAAUAAGGCUGGUAAUAAUUACCUCAAAAUUAUUGUGAUGAUCAAGUGUACAUAACAACACUUCAGAGAACUUUAGAUCCUGUAAAACUACAAGGGAUUAAUUUAUUCUUUUCCGUUCAGACCUUCUAUUUUUUAAAUUUGUUUUGAGAAAUUGAAAACACACAGAAAAGCACAAAGAAUAACAUAACACUGAAAUUCAUAUAACCGAAAUAAAUAGUUACUAUUUUGUCA